AUGGACGGAAAUCUGAGGAUGAAACGCGCGAAAUACUAUUCGAGCCCACCACAGAGGCUCUACAAACGGCCACCUACGAGCCCACACGGUGCAUUCUCCUACACACCACCACCAAACUACAUGAUGGACGACGAAGAUCAAGUACCCAACUACAGACCGUCUAGACACAGCAGGAGACCAGGCAACGAGGGCCUGGGCGAUGAAGACAUACACAACCUCAUGAAAUACCUGUCCAAAAAGGAUUUAGAUAAAAUCGUCGAGUAUGCCGUUGAAAAAGAUAAGUAUAUGGUUACGCGCGGCGAGAAACCGAUAUAUUCGAAACCUGAAAAUAAUUACGACCACACCCAAGAUUUCGAACGCAACCAAAAGUUUUCUUUCAGAGGCCCUUAUGCCAAUCCCGAUAACGGCUACAAACAGACUAACAUAGAUUAUCCUUAUCAUAGGGGAAACCAAAUAGCCGAAUCUAACCCCACGGGGCCAUUAGACGGUAGCCUGCAAGACGCACCGGGCAAAUUAUAUUUCGAUGCUCCAUUGGAGUCCGAGGAGACGAUUAAGAGCCAACAGUUCGCGGUAUUGGAUGCUUACAUCCAGCAGGAGAUCAAUGGGAUGGGAGGCGAAAAGGGCCUAAGUAUAUUCACCGACGGCAAGGACAUGAGAGAAGAACAGCUACCGGCCCCGCUGAAUCUGAGACAUGAAGACUACGACAUCUCAUUCACGAACAACGUUCCAACGGUCGUGAAGGCUGACGGCAGCUCUUAUAAAGUCGAAAGCUUCGGCGAGCUGCCUUUAAUGAAUUACAACUCCAAACUGCAUUCAGUUAGCUCAUACAACGUGCCGCACUAUACUGUAACAACACCCAAUAUGAAUCAGCCGGCCGCACAACAAUCGAAAUCUUUAUCAUCGCCACCACCACCAGCGGAUGGCAAUCCACUUCUGGAAGUUGCCCCACCCGUCACCAACUACCGGGAUCAAAGCGACGCACACCUCAAGGCUACAAAGAUUUGGACCCAUAAAUCUAAAGGCACAGCCUACUACUUGCACCCAGAUGGUUCCUUAUCCCUAGAGAGGCCGCUUCGACCAAGACCUAAAUAUGGU